ACAGACUUCACACUCACACACCACACAUCGAGACUUCCUCACACUGUACAUUGCAAGAGUACUCGACAUGUCUGCUUCAGUCCUCGGCAAGCGGACUCGCGCUUCUCUCGCAUCGCCAGAUUCAGGCGUAGCAACCUCGUCACAAGCAAAGAGACGAGCCAAUUUCGUGAUUCUUGACGACAAUGAGAAGGAGAAUCCAUUUGUUACUCCAUCGAAGCGACUGGGCGCCCGACAUGUCGAAUCAAUGGACGUUGAUGGGGAGGAGUUGCAGCCGCGUAAAAGCAAGCGCACUCGGGCUGGAACAGUACCUGCAAAGCAUGGCACCCCAGAGAGCAGAGUACCUCUUUCUCCUACAAAGAUCACGGACCUCUUUAAGACCUCGAAGAAUGUCCCGGCCGACUCAAAGCCGGUGGACGACUUCAAGCUUCCUCAGACACCGCGGCACCGCGACGCGCGCCUAAAGAAGCCUGCGACAACACCACGCCAUCGUGUUCUUGUCGCUGGCAAGCCGCUCACUCCUCGAACACCACAUACUCCCAGUAAUACGCGAAGCUCAGCAAUCACAGUCUACAAUGACGCGCGCCAGACCUUUGCGAAAGGCACCAUGCCUACAGCACUUUUUGGACGCGAGAAGGAGCGCGCCGAGCUGGAACAUUUCGUUGAAUCGAGACUGCAGUCAACCUCCUCCGGAUGUAUCUAUGUUUCUGGGCCCCCAGGAACCGGAAAAAGCGCGUUUGUUAGUGAGACCAGCAGAAAGCUUGAAGCUGGAGACGUACCAACUGCAUACAUCAAUUGUAUGAGCAUGAAGAAGGCUGAAGAUAUUUAUGGCAAGCUAUUGGAAGAGCUCGUCACAGACUCCGAGGCCCUCGAAGGCCAUGCAAUUGACAUCUUACGUCGACUCUUUUACGAGAAAAGUCAAUCGUUCCUGGUAACACUGGAUGAAGUCGAUCACCUAUUGGAUCUUGACCUUGAGCUCCUCUAUACCCUCUUCGAAUGGGCUUUGGACGCGCAGUCGAGUCUUGUACUCGUAGGCAUUGCCAACGCCCUCGACUUCACCGACAGAUUCCUCCCGCGACUGAAGUCUCGAGGCUUGAAACCUCAUCUGCUUCCAUUUCUCCCAUACACGGCUUCUCAGAUUGCAUCCGUCGUUACAUCGAAGCUUAGGUCACUGGUGCCGGCCACCGCAAGUGAUCCAAACUUUGUACCUUUCAUUCAUCCCACGGCUAUCCAAUUCCUCUCCAAGAAAGUCGCAGCGCAGUCUGGAGACCUGAGAAAGUCAUUCGACAUCUGCCGGCGAGCAAUCGACCUGGUCGAGGCAGACACAAAAGACAAACAACUGAGAGCAUCUGAUUCUUCGAUCUCACCUGGUGUGAGCCCUUCGAAGGCAGCGCUCAUCGAGAACAUGAACUUAUCGUCUCCACCCACGGCUCGCUCUCCUUCGAAGUUCGGGAAGACUAAGGUGGCUGCCCAGUCAAUGUCACAUCUGACAAUUGAGUCGGCCCCACGAGCUACUAUCGCACACAUGGCUCGCAUCACAGCUGCAGUCUUCAGCAACGGUACUUCGCAGCGUCUACAGUCUCUUAAUCUGCAGCAGAAGGCAGUUCUCUGCGCGCUCUCUGCUCUCGAGAAGAAGACUCAACACGUUGCCCCCGAUGGUGUUGUUGCAACACCUUCGCGUAGGAAUGCCUCAGCUCCGACUGUGAAAUCUCUCUUCGACGCCUAUACCGGGCUCUGCAAGCGAGACAAUGUCUUGCAUGCACUCACCAACACCGAGUUCAGGGACAUUAUCGGUAGCUUGGAGACGCUUUCUAUGAUAACUGCCGUAGAGGGCAAAGGCGGCUCUUUGUCUGUAGCGACCACUCCGAGCAGAAAGGGACGUGGAGGUGGCUUUGGAGGAAGUGUAUUUAAAGACAGACGAAUCGCGAGCAGUAUUGGAAGCAAGGAGCUCGAGGCUUCGCUGAGUGGUGCUGGUAGUAGCAUCUUGAAAGAGAUUAUGAGCGGAGAGGUACUAUAGAGUGUUUUGUUACAGCAUAGCGGCAUUGCUUGGUGGUUCUUGUACGGAUUAGCGUUUUGAUAUUGCCACAGCAUCGCUUUUGGAGUUACUGUUUGAGAGAGUCAGACGACUAGGUAUUAUUGAUGGACGAACAAGGCAACCCAAAUGUGAUAGAGUAUAAUGACAC